AUGGCUGAGCUAAUACUCUCUCAGGCGUCGGCUUUGGGGUAUGACAUUUCUGAGCGUAUCGAAUGUGUUGAUUCAAAAGUUGACGAUUUCGAAUUGGUGAACAAAUCAAAUUUUGAACAGAAAUAUUCUGAACAUGUGGACUUUUCUGCAUUCCUUUUCGACCUUACUAAAGUUAACGACAUGUCUGUUAAGGAUAUCUUAGUCGGCUUAUCCAGUAUUGUCUCCAGUUCGUCUGAUUUUACAAUAUCCAUACAGAAGCGUCAGCACAUUCGAGAGCUUGUCCUUCGAACAAUUAAGAAUUUUGAAAGUAUUACGUCCAAUAACCACGAUUUUUGUCAACAGCUGGAGGAUCUCUGUACAACACUUAGCUCCUAA